AUGGUCAUUGGUCACAUGAUAAUAUCACAUGGGUUUCCACGACGAGGACUCACCACGGCGCCGCCGUUGAUUUCUAUCAAGAGCGGCACCUUCUACCAGCAGUAUCCCACGGCCCAGGACUCGACCGAUCCCCUGCGAAACCCGCCCUUAUUCCCAAACCUGAGCUUCACCUUGCCCUCCAAGCCGGAUGCCACCUCCAAGACGCCAUCCCUGCAGCAUUGGGCGGUGAUCGGCCCCCCCACGAAGACGCAGCUGCUGGAGGUGCUGCGCGGCCAGCUGGUCUGCGUGCCCCCGACGGCACGCAGCUACCCGUACCUCCUCACCGACGAAGUGGCCGCCAGAGACUCUCGGUUACGCUAUGUCGGACGGGCUAUCCAGUAUAUCGGGUUCAGCGGAGAGGGGUCGGAAGCUACGGGCGGGACGCGUGGUGCGUACCUGAGUGCCCGGUACGAGAGCUUUCGCGAAGAGACGGACUGGACAGUACAGCAGUAUUUACGGGGCCAGACGUCGCUCAACCCGCUGGAGGGUGAAGAAGGAGGCACCGUCAAAGACGAGGCGCUGUUCGAGCAGAUCGUGACGGAUCUACGACUCGCGCCGCUGCUCGACAUGCCGGUAGCGAACCUGAGCAAUGGGCAGACCCGACGGGCCCGAAUCGCCAAAGCUCUUUUGUCACAGCCGGAGCUGCUGCUUUUGGAUGAUCCGUUCAUGGGAUUGGACCCCGCCGCGGUGAAGAGCAUCUCGGGAUUACUGCAUCGGUUGGCGGACAAUUGUGCCCCUCGUCUAGUGCUUGCUCUGCGGCCGCAGGACGCGGUACCGGACUGGAUCACCCAUGUCAUGGUUCUCGGCCAUAUGAACCGGGUGUUGGUGCAAGGGCAGCGCGGCGAGGUCGAUCAGACGCUCGAUGUAUGGAAGCAUCUUGUUGCGGAGGACGAACCGUCGCUGAAAGAAAACGAACGGGAUAUCUACACGCAAGCCAAGGCCGCGCUGGAGGAGGGAGUGCUUGACCGCCAGCUCCUCCGGGAUCUGAAUCUCGUCUCGGAACGCAACUUCAACCACGCCAAAUCGGCCACGCAGCAUGGCGAGCCGAUCAUCGAGAUGGACGGGGUCCGCGUGCAGUACGGCGACAAGGCCGUGCUCGGCGACUGGACGCAGACCGUGGGUGGCGUGGAGAAGGAUGGCUUUCACUGGCGGGUCCGUCGUGGCCAGCGAUGGGCCAUCCUGGGAGCCAACGGGUCGGGCAAAACGACGCUGCUGUCGUUGAUCACGUCCGAUCACCCGCAGACAUACAGCCUGCCGGUCAAGGUGUUUGGCCGCUCGCGGCUGCCAGAGCCUGGAAAACCGGGCAUCUCGAUCUUCGAGCUGCAGUCCCGCCUGGGCCAUUCCUCGCCGGAGAUCCACGCCUUCUUCCCCCGCCAGCUGACGGUGCGGCAGGCGAUAGAGUCGGCCUUUGCUGAGACCUUCCUGGCGCGGCCGACGCUGGACCACGAUCGCGACCUGGACGUCAACGCCGCCCUGCGCUUCUUCAAGGCCGACCUGGACCCGAAAUGGGUCGCUGGCGGACGAGUCCACGAGGAGCCGCCGACGGUCGAAAAGGAAUUGUCUUCUGUCUUCCCGACAUUAGAGGCCUUCAACGCUAGUAGUAACGAAAGUAGCAGCAACGGCAAGACCAAAACCCAAAAGAAACACUUCAUCGACACAGACUACGACAUCGAGUACGCCGACUCGGUGCUCUUCGGGGAGCUCAGCACCGCCCAACAGCGCGUGGUGCUCUUCCUCCGCGCCCUCAUCCACCGACCAGACAUCGUCAUUCUCGACGAGCCCUUCUCGGGUCUCUCAGCCUCCGUGCGCGACAAGUGCCUCCAUUUCCUGGACAACGGUGAGCUUCCCGGCCCCCGCGGCCGCCCGCGCGGGCUCAGCGAAGACCCCUUACUCUCGCGGAAGAAGGACCCGUCCGAGAUCCGUUUCCGCGGCUUAUCUGCCGACCAGGCGCUCGUGAUGAUCAGCCAUCUGCGCGAGGAUAUCCCGGACAGCGUCCGGCAUUUCGUACGUCUCCCCGCCGACCAGGCGGACGGGAGCGAGCCGUUGGAUUUCGUCCUGGGCGUGCUCCGCAACGGACGCAGGCUUAAUGCCGACUCGUGGGCUAUGGCCUGGCAGCCGGGCAAGACGAUGCGCAAACCCACCAAGGCGCCAAAGGUGCAUCUGAAGAAGGAGCCGGGAUCGGAUCACGACGUGUAUAAUUAUAUUGAAAUAUAG